AUGCCGAGGUUUUCUCCUUUUCUCUUCGCCGGUCCUCCGUCUACAUCAUCAAUUCGCAAUCGAUUUCACCGUUAUCAUCAUCGCCAAUCCGUCUCGCCCGCAACGAAGCCUCUCUGUCUCAUCAUCCUCAAUCUUUCUUCGACUCGUAUCACUCUUCACCGAUUCAGCCUCUUUUCAACAUCCUUCCCGUUUUCGAUUCGAUUUGAUGACGAGAAAACUAGAGAAAUCAGACAAUUGGUUAAGAUUGGAGUUUUUCGAAGAUCGAAGAUGAAAAAUGGUGAAGCGAUGAGGAUUGGGAUAGAGAAAGAUGAUGAGGGGAGCAAAGAACUGGUUUCAAAGAGAAAGAGUUUGAGUUUUUGUCACAGAGAUCCCAGAGGGGAUAAAGAUGAUGAACUUGCAGAGAAAUUCAAAGAGAAUUCAAAGGAAGUUGCAGAGAAUUUGAGACUGUGGAAGAAGUUUUGCAACGUGUUGAGAUGA